AUGUCUUUCGAACCCAAGCAAAAGGUCAAUCUCGACCCGCCAAAAGACGACCCCAUAAGCGCCGAGUACCUCUCCAAAUGCAACGGCAAGAACCCCGACUAUCCGACUUAUGUCGCUAUAAAGGGCACCGUCUUCGACGUCAGCGGGAAUAAAAUGUACGGGCCCGAGGGAUCGUACAAAAUUUUCGCUGGCCGAGACGCUUCUCGCGCUCUGGCGCAGUCUUCUCUCAAAGAGGAGGAUUGCCGGCCGGAUUGGUAUGAUUUGGCCGAUGAGCAUAAGAAGGUGCUGAAUGAUUGGCAUACUUUCUUCAGCAAGCGGUAUAACGUCAAGGGCAAGGUGGAGGGGGCGACGAAUACGUAG